AUGACAACGAAAAUAAAUCUUAUUGCCACCAAAGAAUUUGCUGUUAUCAAGGGUCUUGAAAGAGAAAGGGUGGAGGAACUUUGUCAAAAGGUUGCUAAUUUGCUUGAAAUUACAGUAAAAAAAAAUCGGAUUGAAUUUAUUGAAGAAGUGGGAAGUACAAUAAAAAACGAGAAUAUUGAAAAAACUAAAAAUUUGCUAGAGAGCAACAAGGAAAAAAUAACAAAAAUUAUUAAUCAGAAAACAAACGAGCUUACUCCUCUUCACCUGACUGUUGCCAACAACAACAUAGAAAUUACUAAGUUGCUUCUUGAAAAUGGCGCCAGAUCAGAUUCAGAAGACAGUCUUGCAAUUAUCGGGUGGCUAUUGGAACAAGGAGCAGAUUACAAUUAUAAAGUUAAUAAUUGGCUUUUUAAAAACUUUUCUGUCGAAGAUGAACUUUCGCAAAAGGACUAUUCUUAUGCCAAAAAUUAUCAAAGAAUCUUGGAGGAAUUUAAAAAGAUAGAAAAUGAUUUUAGCGAAAGAAUUUCAUUGUUGGAUUUUUCCUUUCAAGAUUUAGUUGAAGGAAAGGAAGAAGCAAUUUCUAAGUUAAGCGAGAAUGCUAAAAAAGAGCGAGAAAACUUUUUGGAAAUUCAAGAAGAAAUUGCAAAAAAUCCCAGUUACUCUUUUCUUAAAAAACAAUUGGAAUUGGCUAAAGAAAGGCUAACUAAAGAGAUAGAGAGAAUUAAAAAAGAAGAAGUCCAAAAAUAUGACUUGACAACAAAACUAGAAGUUUCUCCUUGGAACUAUUUUAAGCAUUAG